AUGAAGCCAACAACGCUUAUCAGCGAUAUGAUCUCAUAUGGUGAGGCAGCAAACAGGAUCACAGAUGCAGGUGCUAUCCGUGCAUAUCAAAAUGUAUGGAAUUUCAUGAUCAGAUCAUUCCUUUCAGGUGUCAUGAUUUCUUUCUCUUUCCUUUUCGGUGUCGUUGCUCAACUUGAAUCAGGACAAACAAUUAUGUUUGCUCUUUGCUUCGCUAUUGGUCUCCAUUACAUCAUUUUCCUUAACGAUUACUUAUUUACAGGUGAUUUCGUUCCAAUCUGUCUUGCAGGUCUUAACAGACGUGCUCCAGCUGGCAGACUCAUUUAUGCAGCAGCAAUGACUUAUGUUUUCAAUGCUUUGGGUUGCAUUUUCGGUGCCUUCUUCACAGGUUGGGCAACAGGUGUUUCAAGAAACCCGUAUGAUGGUUUUGUAGGACAAAAGGUUGCUGCAGUUUGCUUUAAGAAGACACAUAUGAAAUAUCACGAAAUGUUUGUCCGUGCUAUGGCUUGCAAUGCUCUCGUUUCAAUUGCUACAUUCAUGGCUAAUAUGUCUCAGACCUUCUGCGGCAAAUGCCUUGCUGUUUUCAUGGCUAUCGGUAACUUCUCUACAAUGAGCUUAGAGCACUGCAUGGCAAACUGGUUCUGCUUAGCAAAUGGUAUCAUGCAAGUCAAUGGUCCAAAGAAUAUGACGUGGAAGAACACGUUCAUUAACUUGAUUCUCGUUUCCCUUGGUAAUAUGGUUGGUUCAUUUGUUAUUGUAAGCUGCCCAGCUUAUAUGCAACAAUAUUUCGAAAAGAAGAAACAACAGCAAUUACAAGCUGAACAGCAUGAAGAUAAAGAAUCCGAAAAAGAGGAUUCUCCAAACGUUUCUUUAUAA